AUGCCAUCCCGGCUCGUCGGCUGCUGCUACAACUGCGGCGAGCCGGACCAUAUCUCCAGGAAGUGCACGAAUGAGACCAUCUGCGUCCGCUGCAACAGCGUCGGCCACCACUCGCGCGACUGUAAACGCCCAAGGAGCCCUUCCCUGCAAGAUCUGCCACCGCGGCUUCCUCCAGCGCUUCGUGGCCGCCUUGUCGACCGCCGUCAGCUGGAGACCGCCUCGGCUACGACGCCGGCCUCUGCCUCUGCCCCUCUGCCGCUCGGGCCGCCGCCUGCGGGUACGGUGCGCAUCGUCCGUUCCUGGGCCAGGAUUGUGGAGGAGGGUUCGGCCGUGAACGAGGCUGGGUCCGCCACCGGGGCCUCCGUCGGCUCUGCUUCGUCCUCCCACCCGGCCUCGUUGGGUGUGGUGGAGGAGGAGAUCUCUUGA